CUAGAUAGUAGAUACUAUCUAAACCCGUGGCGACUGGUGAGGAUCAAACGUGAAACGAAAGACUUACGAAGUCUAGCAGUUAGCACGUUUAUGAUAAAGUAAUAUUAUUUAAAGUGAGUUUUGAUGGUUAUAGCUAGAAAAUGGACUACAAAGACGAACAACAAAACGAAAUCGAUGCAUUGGACUCUAUAUACUGUGGUGAAAUGAUAAUUUCGGGUUCAGAUCCUUAUUAUCAAUUUGAAAUCCCAGUUAAAUCAGAUGAGUUCGAUAGUGUUCAACAUGAUAUUGGCCUGUCAUGUUGUUUAAAAUUUGAGUAUGUUGAAAAAUAUCCUGAUGAUCCACCCAUUGUAGAAAUUGAGGAUGUUGUCGGUUUUGAAGAGCAAGAAAACGAGCUUAAAGAGUAUUUAAUACAACAAGCUCAGGAUAAUGUUGGGAUGGUGAUGAUAUUUACUUUAGUAUCGGCAGCACAAGAAUGGAUGAAUAACUAUUCAGAUAGUGAAAAACAAAGAAAAAUAGAUGAUGAUGAUAAAAGGCGUGAAAAAGAAAUGGAAGCCGAAUUAAAACGUUUUGAAGGCACCAAAGUUACAGUUGAAUCAUUUUUACGGUGGAAGUUCAACUUUGAAGAAGAUAUGGGAGUUUUAAAAAAAAGAAAUGAAGAGGAAAAAAAUAAGAAACUUACUGGACGUGAAUUAUUCAUGACUGAUAAAUCACUUAAUGAAUCAGACUUAAAAUUCUUAGAAGAAGGAGAUUCGGUGAAAGUUGAUGAAUCAUUAUUCGAAGAAAUAGAUGAUCUGGAAAUUGGUGAUGCUGGAAGUUCUGAUGAAAGUUAAAUAUUAUUUAGGAAUUUAUGUGCAAAACUAAAAAAUUGUAAAUAUAAAAUACUUUAAAAACAAAAUAUUUUAAAGUGUUUCA